GACGAACGGUAGAAAAUGGCGAGCCCAUGUAAACUGCAGCAAUGCACUAUCGACAGGCGCGGCUUUCGUCAGGAACUUGACUCGUGGCGACACAAACUCAUUCACUGUGUAGGUUUUGAGAGCAUUCUCGAAGGUCUGUUCGAUCCAGAGCUGGUAGAAGACCUAAAAUUAUUUAAGGACUUGGAGCCAAUAGCAGUGUCUGACUGGUCAUUUGAUGAAAAUUGUCUAUUCUGCUGUUUGAGACGAGACAAAGUAAAGGAACACUUAAUUAGCUUAAGCAACGAGGGGCUUGAAGACACACCCAAACCUCUCCUGGUUAAAGAUCAGACCACCAUCAGCAGACUAGAGAAGCAAGCCGAGGAAUUUCUCAAUGCAGUCCUCUGCAGAAAAGAUGUGCCAAAUUUCUCGGACCCACACAUUCCAGUAGUGGCUCGAGAGAUCCUCCAGAGAAUGAUCCGACAGUUUGCUGCCGAAUAUACCUCAAAAACCAGCUCCACUCAGGACAGUGGCUCUGACUUGCAGCCUCGCUCUGACCAAAGCCUGCCGACCCCGCCCUUGCUCUCAGGGGCUCGUCCUUCUACCAGCCCUGCUGCCACCCUGACUGGGCCUGCGCACAACCAGAACCCCGUCCUCAGCAAGCUCCUCAUGGCUGACCAGGAUGCUCCUCUUGACCUCACCAUCAAGAGGCCCCCGGCUGUGCCCACCGAACAAGAUGGAGUUCUUGACUUAUCUAUCAAAAAGAAUCGUAAUAGCAGCAGCCUGCCUGUCCGCAGUCCCUGCCUUUCUCCAGUUACAUCAACGCUCAAAGGGCGAUCCUUGAGAGCGGACGGGCAGGUCGGGCUGUUUAUGAGGAGCCUACAGGAUGGGAGGAGGAGGGAGAAUAUCGGCCACUCCACCCGCUAUAAGCCUUCCUCAUCUCUUGCAUACUCGCUGCACAUCAAAGAGGAGCCCGAUCUGGAGAGCGACCCAGAGUCACCUCUCAGCCACAGCUCCAGACCUACUGACCUUUUCAAAAAUGGAUCUGCUUCCUGGAAUUCUAAAAGUCAUUUUGGGGCCCUCCUCAAACUCAAAACCAACAGUGAGGCUAGUGAGCACCUUAAAGACAUACCCAGGUUGUUGGAAGCUGCUGGACUUUGGACAAAGUCACUUGCCUAUGAGAAAGGAAACCUCCAGGAGGCCUGCAGGGACCACAGCCUCUCCCUUUCUCAUUCAUCAUCUUUUGACCUCAAGAUUCCCCAGGUGCGAGUUUUGGCAACAGGAACCGACUCGUCUUGGGAUUCUUUGUCCCCACUGUAUUCAGGAUCAGCUUGUGAGAACGGUCUGGGAAAGGCACUUCGGUCUAUUUUACCCAGGCAGAUCCAGAAAAAGAGCAGUGGAGGUAUUAGUAGCUCAGGUUCAGAGAAAGAAUACUGGCCUUACGACACUGACCGCAAAACCGUGGGGGGAAGCUACCCACUGGAUUCAGAGUCAGACCUAGGUAACAAGCAGCCAAGGAAGAAGCGCGGGCGAUAUCGGCAGUACAACACUGACCUGCUUGAAGAGGCUAUCGAAGUGGUCAUGGGUGGGAAAAUGAGUGUGUCUAAAGCCCAAACGAUCUAUGGCAUUCCACACAGCACCCUGGAAUACAAAGUUAAAGAGCGACUGGGGACCUUGAAACAUCCCCCGAAAAAGAAGCUGAAGCUGAUAAAGUUGGAGGAGCAGGGUGUUUCACGGUCCCCUGAGAGAAAGGACCUCAAACACUCUGUGCUCAUUGUUUCUGAGAAGAGAGAGAGUGCAUCUGACGAAAAUGGAAAUGAUUUCCAUGAGGGAAGCCUCUCGUCAAAUGAGUGAUAUAUCCGCAGAGUACUAAUGAUGAUGUACUUUUUAACAUGACAGAUGUUGCAUUUGCCAGACAGUGGUAGUAGCUGAUUUGUUUUUCCAUAGAACAUUAAUAUCUGUGUGUAACAUUUAAAAUGAAAUAUUCUUAACUUACUUAAUCUGCCCCCUCACUUUUGGUCAAUAAUACAUAAAUAUGUUUGGCCAUCGAAGCUAAACACUUAAGUGUCUCCCUGCCCUACAUAUUGUGCCUGAAAGGCAUGCAUGCUAUUUAUGAAUUCUAACAUGUUAAUUUUUAAUUAAUUUCACUUUAUUUAUUUAGGUUAUGUUUAGAAAAUAAUCAUUUCUGGCUCUUAAAAUGUAUUCUCUACACACACAGCCAGAUUGAAUCAUGUCUGAGGACAUGGCGCCCCUCAGUGUCUUUUCUCAGUACUGUCCAGAGCACUAGGCUAUAUGUUCAAACUGAAUAUAUGUAUAGUUAAUAUGUAUGCCCAGAUGGAUGACAGCGAAGGCUUGUGUCAUUGUUUUGCAAAUGCACAUCUGUGACUGAAAUGGACACUGGAGAUGUAAGAAAAUAAAACACUAAUAUAUUCAGAGUAUAUAUUAAUUCCAAACACUAUAUCCAAAAUAUUUAUUUAUUAUUCUAGUUUGUUGGAAUAGCAUGAUGUGUCAUCCAGAUUCCACUCUCCUUUUUAAAUCCGAAUUAAGUUUAUCUUCACGAGCAUGACACAUUUUUUCCACCUAUAUUUUUUUCUCUGUGUCUUGCUGUCCUACGUGAACGGUGUUAUUAUUUUCAUUGCCUUCACUGCACUCAGGAUCACUUCAGAUUGGGAUGCAGUACUUGUCAGUCAAAGAUAAUAUCUCUAUCAGAUAACAGAUCACUGUACACGCAUAAAUAUACCUCAGCUAAAGAUAUGCUUAACUAAACCAUUGCCUCAUGUGAGUCACCUCUAGCGGGGAAGGAUAACACGCUCAAAUCCCCCUUUUGAGGUAACAUUUCAGGAUGUCUUACUGACAAGUAUGUGUUCUACUCUCAGAUGUCUUCACAACUUACCUUAAAUAGUUAUCAGUAGCAUUUCAGUGCCAGUGUGAACCUUCGGGGCAUUUCAGUUCUUUGUGAUUCAGGGCUUGUCUGUCAGAUUUCAGGUAUUUUCUCUGGGAAUGUCUUUCUCCAAGUCAUGAGAAGGGCAGAUUUUUUUUUCUUUUACCAUCAAAAUAAUGCAAAUAUAUAAUUAGUAUUUCGUACAUAUUUAUGAUGUAUGAACAUGUUAUACAAAUACUGUACAUACACACACAUCUUGCUUGCCCAUGGCACAUGAUAAAGAAUUGUCUCUUCAGGUCAUUUAAUAACACUCGCCUGGUUUGUGUGAAUGGAACUGUGUUAACGUGCCCGACUUAUUCACAGUCACAACAAACUCUUGGUAUCAGACAAUUCCUAACUCUCUGAAAUACAUUCAGGUACAUCUUAAAAUGUUAACUUCAGGAAAAGUAGAAAACAACAUUAGUCCUGUGUUUGUGUGAGUCUAAAUAAAAUCUAGGAGCAGUUUUGUCAUUUUUAGCAGCUCUUAGCUCAAAGUCAUUAAAAAACAAAACUUUUAUCAAGCAAUAUUAACAGCUCGAGCCUAAUGUACCGGCUGACGGUGCUAGCUUACUUACAUUUGCUGGCUAGCCGAGUUAGCUACUGUUACAAUCAUGCCUCAAACCACACCCACCUAUUUCUGACGUUACCAACGCAAAAAUUCAAUGAAAAUGUCUCAUCACAGUGGAGAGGAAAAGUGAUAAUCUUAAUUAUCUCAUACUGCAAAACACUUACUUAGAUUUGAUUAACCUUUUAUUGUUUCUAAUUACUAGUCAUAAACAAGCCCAGAAUUAUUAACAGGUCAUUACUGCUUCCACAACAAUGCUUUAUGGAUUUAUAGCAAUUUUUUAAUUUGGGGGGAAAACUGCAUCUUGAAGCACCAUGUAAGAGUGUGGGUUAACACUUUUCCUCUGCCAUUUCCUUGAGAUAAUUCUGUUUUACCUGGCUAUAAUACACCUGAGGUUGAUGCUAUUUCCUUAAAAUUAGUAUUAUAGAUUUGGUUGGGUCAUGGUGCUGUUACAUACAUAAAGGUUAGUAUUAAAAAUCUUAAAAAAGGCCUGUCCGGUGUUGCCAUUAUAUGCCGUUUUCAUUGAAUUUUUGCCUGGUGGACUCGGCAGAGAGAACUCCCUGUUUUUGACUCUGUCUUGUCCGUUAUCUUGCUCUAUCAGGACACCUCAUCGUGCAUUAUCACUAAUACCUCAGGACAUUCCAGAAUAUGGGAUCAUGGCCCAUUAUUCUUUUAUCAGGUCGAUACACAGCUCUAGCAAAUCUCGGUUAUUAUUUGUUGCGAAUUCUUCAGGAUUUUUGAUGUACACAAUGUUGCUUAAAAGAAAGUCGAUGUUUUGAUGAUCGGAGCUUCACUACAAGCAUUUAACUCAGCUAUUAUAUUUGCUGGCAUAUAUGACAUAAAAUCGUCUGGAUUGUAAACAUUCUUAAAUGAGAGUUGGUUCAACAAUAACGUAUAGUUCAGGGACUUGCACACUUGUAUGUUAAAAGCACUGUAAUAACAGAGUAACUUUAUGUUAGAUGGUAAACUUCCUAACUUUUUGGGUUCUCUUAUUCUUAGUUGUAUUUGUAUACUAUCUCCAAUUCUUUGAUUUCAUUGAUUUGUUGUUGUUUUAUUGAUUUGAUGUUACAAUUUGCAUUUCCUCUCACUUACAGGUAAAAAUCUUCAUUAUGUUUAACUAAUCAAGCACUCUAAAUUUCAUGAUUUUUAUAUGUAUUCACAUAAUGUCUGAAUAACUUUGCCUCGGUUGAAAAAGUAAAACAAAGCAGUUACUUUAAGUACAAUUAAGUAAAAUCUAGUCACUGAUUCACUUUCAUUAAUUCAGUUAUUCUUGCAUUGACAAUCAUCCAGCAUUAAAAGUCACUCUUAGCUCUCUCGUUCAGAGAAAUGCAUUUUAAAUGCAUUUUAAUUAAUAUAUUAAAGAUAAAGGAGCGCUUUGGGUUUGACAGGUUAAACAUUUUUUGUGCUUAUUGUCUAUUGUAGCAAAUCUAAUGGUCGACUACCUCAUCUGGAAAACCCAUAUCACAGUCUACUGUUGUCAUAGCUGUUUAAUGUAGCAAUUUCUCAUGCACACAGCACAGUUUAUUGUAAAAUUCUUCGAGCAAAGGCAAAUAGUUUACAAAAAAGAGCUGUCAGAAAGUUAUAAAGGACAGUAGAAAAUCUGUCAAGUUCAACUCUAUGUAAAUAUUUCAGUGUAUCCUUGUAGUUAAUUGCAGCCUGAUCUAUUUAAUGUUUUCUUUGUCUCAAUACUUUUUUUCUUUUUUGGGGUGGGGAUGUUGUUCAGACAGUUGCGACAAAAGCAUUUUUGAUGAUCUCCUGCUGUGGAGAAACCUUAAUGUUCCCAAAGUGGGGAAAGAGUUUAUGUCCCCUUAAGUUCCUUCUCAAACUUAUGAUAUGUUUGGAGUUAUUUUGUUAAUGCAGUAUUUAUUAAUCAGUAUUUAUUAAUUAAUGGUUUUAUCACCACUUAAGUAACCAUGAAUGUAGACUGCUUUAAUCAAACAAAAAUCUAUUCACAUAAGUGUUGAUAGACAUAGAUAACGAUUAAAUGGUAUAUUUAACUGUCUUACAUAAUAGAUGUAUAGGGAUAACAUUUAAGAUUGUCCCACUUUAUUCUGACAUAAGUUGGGUAUCUUUUGCUCAUUUAAUAUAAUGUAUGAGGAUACAAGUCUAAAUGACUUAAGAGUACCCCUGUCCAUAAAGAUAUGUACAGAUUGUGUAUAUUUGAUUUAACAUUAACAAUGUAUAAAGGAAUGACACUGGGUAUAUUUUGCAUGAUUGGAUUAAAUUAUAUGUGUCAGUGGGAAGUUAGUUGUAAAUGGUGAAGUUUAUCGUUGAGGAUGUUUUAUUGAAAAUACUUGAGUGUUGGUGUGUUUACCGUCAAGUCAGCAAUGUAUUGAUAGGCUAGAUUAACUGUGAACGUGAAAUAUCCUGUAACCAGUUCAAAAUCUGGUUAGUAGUUCACUGAAGAUGUUUGAUAACAUAUAGUAGUUCAUAGUUGCCAGAUUAUUUAUAUCCCUACUGUGCAGUAUAUGAACAUUGUGGAUAAGUUAACACAUCCAUGUUUGUGUGCUUGUGAAAUAUUGUGGAAAUGAGUUUGGUUUGCUUCUGCUUAUUAGAUUGGUUAUUUUAUUCCUCUGGAAGAAAAAGGCAUGUGCUUUGUGUCAGUUCCUUACUGCAACGCUAAGUGAAACAGAGAGUAAAACCCUCAGGGACAAAACACUUACCACUUGUUAUUCAGGUACUCCACUUUACUCCUUAUGCCUUGUAUGCAGGGAUGUGAAGUUAAUGAACUUAGCAAAAAAAUUGGUCAGGUUCCAGUUCCAGCAAAUGUUAUAUUUUUUAAUCUCUAAAAUUUAUUUUUUAAUCUCUAAAAAAUACAACUGAGAUAUUUUGGCAUGCUGUACAAAUCAUCAUUUUGUGUUUGGAGCCAAAAAACCCAUAGUACACCUUUUCACUUUUUAUUUUAUUAUUAUUAUUUUUUUAUUAUUUUUAUAUUUUAUCACACAAUUAAUGUCAAUACAACCUCAGUGUAGGUAAGAUGUUGACCAAUGGAUAUUUAAUUAACAAGUUUCUUUCCAGGUCAGUGCCUCAAACAGCACAUAUUUAUUAAAAAAAAAAUGUGUAAAUGUAACACCAUGAAACUGCAUUUUUGAACAUACCAACAAAAAGUCCUAAGUCUCUUCUCAUGUACUGUAUUAGGGCAUUCACACCGGCCACUUCAAAGGUUGUAUUGUUAACUUUGCGGUUUAAAAGCUGAAAUCUAUAAUGCUUUUAAUCACUGUUUGUCCAUGCAUCUCCUGGAGUAUACUUAAACUAAAACACACAGCUACAUUUGCCUGUGUGUUUGACAGUUCAAAAAAUUAAUUAUAAAAAUCCAAAUUUAACUUUGCCACUUUUUUUUAUAUAGCUGGAAACUAGCACUGAGUAGAGGCUACCCAGAAAGCUUAACACUAGAUAUUCAUGAUUCUUGCAGUAGCUUUAAAGGUGACAACAUGUGAAAGGUUAUAGAUUUCAGCUUCGCAUUUUCAAAAUAAAACUAUGAGUAGCAUAUUUGGCAAUGCAGCAGUAAAAGUUGCAUACAAAUAUACAAUUAGUUUUUAAGUAUCUGUUUUAAGCAAAUUUUAGACAGUGUUCAUUAGAAUAUAUUUUUUUUCUAACCACAUGUUCAUUUUACAGUUGCCAGCACCUCUUGCUCAGCAACACACGCUGUGGGCGAAGCUAUUUCUCUUAUUCAUUACUCAGCAUAGCCUUGUGACGUGUCACCUCAGGAAUCCAGAUGUGGUUUCAUUUGUUUAUUUUCUUCUUACAAGACCACAGUGUAGCUUUGGGAGGACUUUUUUUUUUUUUUUACAAAGAAAAUAAACUUUUCACAGUUAUAAGAUACAUAUAUUUUUGGCAUAAUGUGAUGGUAUAAAUGCUCCAAAGGUCUUGGAAGAUUUUGUAAUAGGCCUACCUCACUGGAAGAAAACUCUAGCCAGAAAUACAGAAACAUGCCCCCCUCAGUUGACUGACUACAUUAGAUUUGUAUUGGCACAAACAAAACCUCACAGGUAACAGAAUAACUAACUCUGCAUAUGUUCAAUCGCGCUUGAUUUUUCUUUUUCUUGUUAAUUUGUCUUACGUUGUUGAGCACUUGUAUCUAAAUGUCACCCUUUGCACUAGCUAUUAAAUACAUGAAAACUUGACAAAAAUGAUGUACUCUGUAUUUCCCUCCAAUGUAUUUGCUCUUUCAAGUGAUAAACAUGUGUUUGACUUGUUUUAAUCAAAGUGGGCCACCAUUACUAAAUGUCUUGUGCAUGUGUAAGAAUUUCUUGAUGUAUACUGUAACAAAAGGCACCACUGUGCAAAGAAGAAAAUGUAAUAGCUGUAACAAUGUAAUUGGUCAAGUUCACUGGAUGAAAGAUUCACUUUUAAAAUCACCUAUUCUUCUAAUAAAUAUGCAAUGAUAAG